GUCGUCUUCAUGCGUCGCUCGAUCUUGUCCAACCUGUCGCGCUCCUCUUCCUUCACUCCCCGCUCUUUCAAUUCCAUUAAUUGUCAGACACUCUCCCAUCGCCGUAGCCCUAUUUUAGGCCCCGGUCGCCAUCGAACCCUCAGCCAAACGUCCACCAUGUUCAAAGUCGGCGACGAUUUCGAAAAGAUCCAAGCCUCUCGGCCGGAUUUCAAGCAUGACGUGCCGGUCACUUUCUCGAAGCCCCCCAACCCCGAAUGGAAACAAGGCGAUGGGGCGAACGACGGAGGGGAGAGUUUGAAAAAGGACCACGUGGAGAUUGACCCCCACGAAGACGGGCGGCCGGUGGCCUUCAACUACAAGCUCCUGAUCUCAGGCAUGGUGCCGAGGCCAAUCGCCCUGGUCAGCACAAAGUCCAAGGACGGGAAGACGACAAACCUGGCCCCCUUCAGUUACUCCCAGGUCAUCAACCAUGACCCGCCGCUCUUCGUGGUGGGAUUCGCCGGCUCCUUCGACAAGGCCAAGGACACCCUGAAGAACCUGUCGGAGACGGAGGAGUGCGUGAUCAACAUCAUCUCGGAGCACUUCGUCGAGGCUGCCAAUGCGACUGCCAUCAACGCGCCGUAUGGCGUGUCGGAAUGGGAUGUCUCCGGGCUCACGCAAGCGCCCAGCUCCAUCGUUCAGCCGGCCCGCGUGAAGGAGUCCGUCCUGUCGAUUGAGGCCAAGCUGGUGGAGACCAAAGAGUUCGAGAGCCGGACGACCCCGGGCAAGAAAACCGGGGUGCUGGCGAUCGUCGAAGGCGUUCGGUUCUGGGUGCGGGAUGAUGCGAUCAACGAGGAGAAGAAUCUUGUCGACCUGAAGGUGCUGAAGCCGAUCAGUCGGUUGGGAGGCAUUUCGUACGGCCGGACCACCGACGCGCUCGAGAUCCCCAGACCGCAGUUCUAGACCCCGGGUUGAAGUGGCAAGAGGUUGUGGUGCAUGUUGAGGAAUGCUACGGGGCAGCUGAUCUGGCGCCAUGCCAGUACCAGUUAUAUAUAUACACAAUAAUGUAGACUAUUAC